AUUCUAGAGAACCUCCCUAAGGGUUUUCGCACCUACUGCACACAUUUGCAAAUUUGAUCAAGAUGGAACUUCGGACUCCCUCUCAUCCGUUCUAUCCCAUCGACGCGCUCAUUGAGGACUACGCGCCCAAUGAGGCUCCGUUGCUCACUAUCAUGGCCACUGCCAGCCUAGGUGUGACAGCCUUGCUGGGUGCUACCUGGACGCUGACCGGCUUCAAACGACCGAAAAUACAAACCCGAGACCGAAUUGCCAUUCUGUGGUUUGCGCUCUCGGGAUGUAUCCAUUGCUUCUUCGAAGGUUACUUCAUGGUCCAUCAUGACCACAUGGCAUCCGCUCAAGACUUCUUUGGGCAGCUCUGGAAAGAAUAUGCCUUAUCGGACUCGCGGUACAUGACUUCCGACACACUUGUUCUUUGUAUGGAGACCAUCACCGUGAUGGUCUGGGGCCCGUUGUGCUUUGUAGUCGCAUAUCUGACCGCGACUCAACACUCUUUGCGCCAUCCCUUUCAGAUCAUUGUCUGCAUGAGCCACCUCUAUGGCGACAGUCUCUACUAUGCCACGAGCCUCUUCGAUCAUUACGUGCAUGGGAUUGCCUAUUGUCGCCCGGAAGCCUUCUAUUUCUGGGUCUAUUACUUUUUCAUGAACUUCAUUUGGAUCGUGGUUCCAUUCUAUUACCUCUAUCAGAGCAUACGAGCGAUAUCAGCAGCCUUCGACGCCUUGAAAGAACGUUCGCAGCGACACAAAGAGCGGUGAUUCUAGGGGGACUGAUGAUGUCAUCACGAUUCGGGCAGUUUUGCGACGAGGGGAAGAUAAACACCGCGAGCCUCGCUAGCCCCGAUUGCUGCCCGGGUGGUUCUAGGCUGGGCAGAACGAAGCACAUCAGGAAUUAAUUUAGCGAGGCCCUUUCCCGCGUGGGAUCAACAUUCCGGCCGGGAAUCAGACAUGCCAUCAUUGCUCGGAUUGAGGGGAUCUCUCGGAUCUCUCUCGAUCUCGCCCACGUCGUUGUGACGGUUGACAGCACAGUCAGGACCGGGAAAACAAAUUAGCACAAAUUGCAUGACAACGCAGAGAAUAAUA